AUGGGGAUUAUCAUGAGGGGUCAGACGAGGAGAAAGGCACUGGAGAGAUCGUUAGUGAACCUUACCCUAUCAGGAGCAGGCAAGAGACCUUUCCACCUCCUUCAUUCCAAGCAAGCUUUGUUGCUGACAUCUACCACUGUCCAAGAUGCGCCCCCACAAGAGGCAACCCAGCGACAUGCAUGGACUAGAGAAGAUCGUCGACGAUUGGCAUUAGGCACGAACCCACUACACAAUAAUCAGGGCCCCAACACGCCCACAAAUCAAGCACUACCUUCGAUCUUACCACAAGUGUCCCGUUUAGACACUCAGAAUCAGGCUCUCCAUAACGAGGAAAAAGAACAGCACACAGGUCACAUACUGAGCCAACAAGCAGAGCAGGAGAACAAUACGGACCGCCUACACUUUCUAGAGAAGGAAGUGGCCACCAUGAGACAACAAAUCCUUACAGCUGAAGCUAAGGCAGCCUUAGCAGAACAGAGAGAGGAGGAGGCCACUCGUGAAAUGAGUGAGACGGUUGGGCACCUUGUGCGUUAA